AUGACUCGACGGCCCAAGUGCAUCAAUGUCCAGCCAGGUUGCGGCGGCAUAUUCCGCCUGGCCCAAUUGGAGAGAGUCGCCAUCACGGGCUGCCACUACGGCGUCGGCGUUAUCGCGUUUCUUGACGAAAACCGCAUUUUCGCGGCGAACAUCACAGUGCACCCCUUCAAAGCAGAUGGAGCAAAAGUUUCCGCAGCCACAGAUGCGGACUACAGACUCGACCCGCCUUACGACAACAUCAGCCUGAGAUAUGCGAUACGCCAAGCAUUCGAAAAAGUUUUCGAAGCUGCGCAGAUUGACAUCAAUACGUCUCACUCAUUCGACGGAGACCUCACCGUUACGUGCGGAUACCAGAACAUCAUCACCAGUACCGGCGCAAGGCAGACACGAGGAACAACCAUCGGGCAUGUCGCGGCUAUGGGAGUGCUGGAAGUGUUCAGCAUCGACACUACACAGAAGACGGUGAUGAGGGAUCUUCUCAGGGUGGAAGUGAAGAGAUGGCAGCUGCACGGAGGUCCGGGCAAAUGGGGUGCUGUUUUGCGUGCACCUAGGACGAUUUCGAAGCCGCUCUCAGCAGUGCGAGUCGGAGUGGAAGGGAUCUCCGACACUCUGCAUGAGCAUGAAGGCAUCCUCGCAAGUCCAGAUGACGUGGAAAGAGUAGUGUUGUUAAAGAAGGGGGAGCAAUUGGAAGAUGCGGGCUUGAAAAUGGAAAUGCGGGAUUACGAGGAAAAUAAAGACGAGUUUGCUUUUGUGCCGAAGAUCGUGGACGGCUUCUUGCAGUGGAAGGCCAAGAAGGAUGCUGAAGAAUUUGAGGCCGCGAUGGACGCAAUGGCUCUGGCUGAUGCCCUCAAUGCCAUCGUUGACUGA